AUGUUUCUGACGUGCCAAGUCCUUGUCCAGAAGUCUGCUGUAAGUGCUACUGCACUGUUGGAUGUUAUCUAUCACUUCAAUCGCCCUCUCCAUGCUAACUAUGAAAUCUUCUUUAGACAGUGGCUACGAAGCCCUCGGCCAGUGUAUCAGGCAGUGUGGAGAGACAACGAGGACUUCGACGAGGUGCUCAUCUCCCCCUGUAUGGUUCAGGACCACAUGCCAGAUAAAGUGCUCAAGGCUCUAGAGAAGGUCCUGGAGAACCCAGGCCCGAUGAAACCACAGCGGAUGUCCGAGAGCCCAGCCCGACGGAAGAGUAAUGCUUUUACCCCUGAGGGGGAAACCCGCCGUUUACUCUCCUCACGUUCACAUACCCCACCCACCCUCAUGCACCCAAGCCCAGUUAAUGAUUCAUAUAAAGCUACUCCUAUCACAAGUACACCCAUAUCAUCAAAUACAUUGAGUGGGAAUCGUCUGGCAACACCUCCUCACAGACUGCUGCUAGAAACUUCUUUUACCUGCACACCUGCAGCCUCACCUGAACCUCCACCAGACCUUCGCCGUCAUGCACAUAUCCAUUCCCCAGCAAUAACCUGGGAACUGUUAUCAGCACUAGAAGAACAAUUACUCUUAGGUAUAAGAGAAGCAGGAAGAGGGCUGAUUGGGCGUGGAGAAGAGGAUUGGGUUGCAGGAGUGGCACCCUUAGCUUCUCCAGAGACACUAAGUGAGGCCUCUAGUGUUGUCUCACGAGCAUCACUAUUAUUGAGAGAAGGAAGAAGAGGUUCAGCCACUGUUGCACCUAUUCAUCAGUCUCCCUUGCUCAAUCACCGCUUGCCCCCUGCUCGUCUUGGGACUGGAUAUUGUUUUUAUGUAGAGACACCUCCUAUGGAUUCAAGAAGACAGCUGUUAACUACCUCAGAACAGCUUCCAGAGUCUUCUGAUGAUGAAGAAAUUCCACCACGACCAAUCUCUCCAUCAACUUACAUCACCAUUGAACCAAUCAUGCCCACACCCCCAACACUUCGGAAAAGCAACGAAUUACAUGGCUCAAAUUAUCUAAAUUCUGUAACUCUUAUUCUAAGUGAUGAGCGGAAGUCCACGCCAGACUCUCUUCAUGAGGAACACAAAGCUACUCCUAGAACCGUCCAAGAUAAUAUGGAAACUUCUGUCAAAACAAUUGAGACCUUAUCAAAUGAAGCUGGAAAUAGUAAAAUUAGUGUGAGUGCAGGAGAGUCACCCGAUUCCCCAAGAAGCGGGCCAAGCCGAGCAUCAUCAUCAGGCUCUUCUCAAACUUCUCAUAAGGUAAAAUUUGACCUUACAACAUCACAAAUGUCACGUGAUUCAGGGUAUGGUGAAAGACUCAAUGGAUAUGAAAAUCCUUGUAUCACUGCUGGAGACUGGGGAAUCACAAGUGGAGUGUGGGGAGGACACCAGCAGGAGUAUGGCCGAGGGCAAGCUUCCAUCAUCCAUCAUUAUGUGUAUUCAGGAGUGUCACCACAGCUUUCCCCUUCAUCCCCAGCAAACACAGACUCCUUCACCUCACCCCUUACUUCUGAUCCACCCUCUUCACAAACACCUUCCCUCCUUCCCACCCCAGUUGAUGUUCCAAGAGUGUCCACUUCAUUGUCCACUCCAGCAACUAUAUCCAUGCAAAACUCUCACCCAUUAUAUAAGGCUACGCCACUUCUACAUGAUCUUAGUCGAUCUCCUAAAUCUAUCAGUAUGGUUGGAAGGUCACCUCAAAGAGCAGAAAGUAGUGUUUAGCACAGUAAGAAUAAAACAAAACAACAGUAGCUAGCUGCAUGAGAAAGACAGCAGGCAAAAUCAUCCAAAAUGUUAUCAUGUUCAGCCUUCAAAAUACAGGCUUUAGUGUGUGUGCUUCCCCCAUCCAUUUUCCGUCUAUACUCCUUCUCUACCCACAUCUGUGAGACUUGAUCACACCUCCAUAUUUGGGUUUUGUUUUAAAAAUGCUAAAGUUUACUUGCUAACAGUAAUACUAUGAUUGUACUCAAUAUUUAAUUUUUUCAUAAAGGCCCCAUAGCUUAGUUGGUAGCAUUCUUGACUCCCAGCCAAUGAGACAAGGGUUCAGUCCUGUGUCAGAAAAGGUUGUUGGGGCAUAUUUAGCUCUGGUGUGUGCUGAACUGGCACCAGCCACAUUGUUUUGGGCUAUACUUAACCUUCUCACUUGGAGGCUACUACCCCCUCAAUUUGUGGGAAAGCAAGUAAAGUGUGUUAACGUUUUAGACUAAAUAAGUGAUCAAUGCAUCAGGUGUUAAAAGAAGCUCUUACUAGGGCUGUAUCUUAUGAAAGGUGAACAAACAAUAGGAGUAAAGUAUUUUUAUGGAGGAUGGUAUGGUCAAGCAGGAAAUACACCUUCACCAUAUUCAAACUUAAAAAAUAAUUUAUUGUAUGUACAGUAUAAACUAAAUUUCAUGAGAGGUUUGAGUUGCAAGGAUGAUUAUCAAUAUGAAGUCUCAGAUAUUUUAAGCAACCUUAAAGUACGUGGGAGAUAGUUAGAUUUUAUUUUUGCCAAUAUUUUUUAUUAGAAUUGUACAGAAACACCUUAGCUUUAGGUAUUUUCAGUAUCUAAUAUUUAGAAAUAUGGAUAACUCCACUGAAGCUAUUGUUAUGCUGAGUAAUUGUAACGAAGACAGUCCUGUUCUUCCUUCCAUGGAAAACGAUAAGUGUUUAAGCAUCAUGUUAUAUUCUCAGGUUGUGGGUAUUUAAAACAAGUACAGUACUGUGAGUCAACUGUGAACCAAGAGGAAAACUCUUAGAAUAAAGAUAUUUAAUUUCAGCUUUAGCUACAUAUGAAUUUUUUGGUAUUAAUUUAUAAAACAUUAUCCAAUUUACUACAAUAAAUAUUAAAAAGAAUGGAGGGAUCCUACACAGGCCUCCUUCCCUCAAUAUGGCCACCUCUAUUGGA